UUUUUCACUAGACCAACGAGGAACAUAGAAACAUGUACUUAUGUUCUAAAAUUAUUAUCCUACUCUAAAAACAGGAAAACCUAUAUUUAAACGCCAUAUUAAAAUGAUGAAUCAUUUAUAAUUAAGUUAAAUACUUAUUUAUGUUCACAAUCAGUUUAACCAGUCUUUUGGUAUAUGUAGGAUACACUGCAGUUUAUAUAAAAAUGUUCGGAAUAAUUUAUUUAACUGUGGUACUUGUUUUUGUGAAUUCUGCGCAACGGACUGAUGGAUUGAACGUUUGUCAAGUUGUUCGACCUUCUUUUCCGUUGAAAACAAUAGAAAUAUUACCAUAUAAGUUUGCUUAUGACAACGGCGAGGAAUUGAAUAUGUUUUUAAGCUUAACUGAUGUUUGUGAAGAAAUAACUGCUGUGCGCUUAAAAACUACAUCAGAAGGGAUAGAGAGAAUAAUAUGUUUAACUAGCCCAGAAGAUGGAUAUUAUCACAUUCAGGGCUCGUUGGAGGGUGAAGUAUCAAUAGUUUUGGAAAUUUAUACGAAUUCCAAAAAAAAAUCUGCUUUCAAAUGUGUGCUAGAAUCAUCUAAGAGAGAUCUAAGGAUUUUUAGAUCGAACAUGAAGAGGUGCAAAAAAUCACACUGCCUUCUGAAGAUAUCGUUACAAGAAUAUUGUCCAAGUAAAGGUUGGUGGAUUUUCAGUUGGUUUGUGUCCAUUUUCGGGUCGGAGAAAAAAAUUAAUAAAAAGUCUGUUUGUGGAGAUUUCCAUCAAAAUCCUGCAGGAUGUCACGGAAUUGAGUCAAACUUUACAGGAUAUAAUGAUAGUUCAGAUACAAAUACUAUAACAACCGUUGCUCCAAAUGAAAAUAACAAUACAACAGAGAAUUAUACAGAAUUUGAAAAUAAUUAUGCAGAAUCCAAUAACACAGCAUUUGAAAAUAAUUAUGCAGAAUCCAAUAAUACAGCAUUUAAAAAUAAUAGUGCAAAUGAAAAUAACACAGCAUUUGAAGACAAAAAUACUAUAAAUAAUGAUACUUAUAGCGAUAACAAUACUGCAAAUGAAACCCAGGAAUUGAAUAGACAAAAAAAUCUAACUGCUGCACUAGCUUAUGGUAUAGGAGGCGUGGUUGGCGCAUGCGUUGUGGCAUUUCUCGUCUAUGUGUGGAUGAGGCAGCGUUGUAAUAAGCCCGAUGCUCAAGCAACAAUGGAACUGAAUACUUAUUCUACCGCAAAUCCAGUCCUGUAUGCAGAUUUAGAAUUCGCACGAUCCGGCAAUACGAACCGAGUACACGUCGAAGAACCUUACGCCCAAGUUAUUGGCGUUUUGAAACCUACGAAAACGUAAAACGUAAUGAAAGAUGUAAAAAAAUUUGCUUUGAAUUCAAGUUAUGUAGACCAAAUUAAUAUACGGACAUAGACCGGGUCGGAGAGCAUCAUCAGCAUUAAAGAGCAUGCAAACGCAGCCAAACGUCAAGAAAAAGUACACGAUCGGAGCCGGUCGGCUCCUCCUUUCACACCGAGCGCAUUCGAGCAUUCUCAAUGACAAAAGCAGUGCGCUUGCAAAAAUAAACCUUACUUCAAAUAAUAAGUACUCAAUUUUCAACGUGUUAAGCAUUUGCUGUGCUCUCCGAGCCGGUCUGUCUUAACGGACCCUAAGCUAAAUUCUGUUUGCCAAAUAAGAUAUUACAAGCUUUUUCUGAUGGUUUUAUUUACCAACUCGCAAAAUCUUAUAAAACAAAUCGGUCUAGGCAUUAAUUAGGUGACAAGCCCACGUUUUACUUCUACAUAUAAGUAUAUGUAAUUUUUUUCAGUUAGCUUUCGAAUUGGAGUCUAAUAUAAUAUCUGAGG